AUGUCCGAACGUCCACAGCAGAAGGCCGCCCCCUCCGUGGCUGUUCAGCAAAGUGAUAACAUUGCGCACGCUCUUGCGGGUGCUGGAGGAGGGGUCUUGUCAAUGGUGCUGACAUAUCCCCUCAUCACCCUGUCUACCAGAGCGCAGGUCGAAUCCAAGCGUGCGCACUCAACCAAUCUCGAUGCCAUUCGACGAAUCGUUCAGCGAGAGGGUAUAUCCGGAUUAUAUUCUGGUUUGGAGUCCGCUCUCUUCGGAAUCAGCGUCACCAACUUCGUAUACUAUUACUGGUAUGAGUGGACCAGGGCUGCUUUUGAGAAAGCAGCCAUUCAGGGGGGGCGGGCUUCCAAGAAGCUUACGACCGUGGAGUCUAUCAUUGCGGGAGCAAUUGCAGGAAGUGCCACCGUGCUGAUUACAAAUCCCAUCUGGGUGAUCAACACCCGCAUGACGGCUCGCAAGUCAGAGUCGGAAGAACAAAGUCUACCAGGAGCGCCAAAAACCAAGGCAUCGACUCUCAGCACCUUGAUGGAUCUGUUAAGGCAGGAAGGUCCCAAGGCUUUGUUUGCCGGUGUUCUCCCGGCAUUGAUCUUGGUGAUCAACCCAAUUUUGCAAUACACUAUUUUUGAGCAGCUGAAGAAUAUGGUUGAGCGUCGCCGUCGAAUGACUCCCAAGGACGCGUUUUACCUUGGUGCAUUGGGCAAGAUUCUGGCCACCAGCAUCACCUAUCCAUACAUCACGGUCAAGAGCCGGAUGCACGUGGCCAGCAGGGAUGGCCCUAAGGAGAGUCUGAAUGGAAGUCUCAAGAGGAUCAUUCGGGAAGAAGGAUGGAAGGGCCUAUAUAAGGGCAUUGGCCCUAAGGUGACCCAGAGUGCCAUCACAGCCGCCUUUUUGUUUGCCUUCAAAGAUGUGCUAUAUGACACAAUGAUAGCAAUGCGCAAGAAGGCUGCAAUUCGCAAGUAA